AUGGACAACUUUGAGAGCCGACUGGCCCAGGCCACGGACGCUGCAGUACCAGCACGCGACCUUCUCGGGGCCUUGGCGAUGGUGGUCGACGACAAGGGCCAAGUUCUGUACCGCCACGCGGCCGGUCGGCAGUGGCUCAGCGACAUCAUCAACGACGACGCGCCUCUGCUCGAUGCCGACAGCACCGUGACGCUCGGCUCGGCCGGCAAGAUCGUAACGCACAUUGCGGCGUUGCAGCUCGUGGAGCGUGGGCUGUUGGCACUCGAUGCGCCAGUGGAUGACCACCUGCCAGAGCUGCGGGUGUGCAAUGUCCUUGCAGGGAUGGACAAUGAUGGACAGACACCGACACCGCAGAUGCGAGCGCCGUGCCGUCCCAUCACGCUGCGCCACCUGCUACUGCACACCAGCGGCCUGGCGGACCAUGAAACGGUUGACAAGCGGUUUGGCGCAGGCACAGCCGACCAGGUCAUGGCCGGCCUCGUCGACGACUCGGCCCAUGCCAUCGCCCAGCGGUUCGCGAUCCCGCUGCUGUUCCACCCCGGCGAGGGCUUUGCGUACGGCUACAGCAUCCACUGGACGCAGCUUCUGGUGACGCGCGCGUCACGGUCGGCCUCGUUUCUGGCGCAUGUGCAAGCCAGCAUUUUUGACCCGCUGGGCAUGGCGUCGUCGUCGUAUGCGCCCCGGCAGGUGGACGAUGUGUGGCAGCGGCGGCUGAGGAUGGUGGAGCGAAAGACGGACACCGACGGCAUGUCCAUCCUGGUAGAGGCAGACGAUUUCUCGCAGGGCCUGACGUGCAGCAUGUCGGACGUAGGGGCCCUGCUGAGUGCGCUUUUGUCGUCGUCGCCGGUGCUCCUCAAGACGAAGGAGCACUACGACCUGUUACUGACGGGACAGUUUCUGGUUGGAAGUGCUUCCCUGUCGGAGUUGCGUAACGACUCUGACAACUAUGGCUUUGUUACGGGCAAGGCAUCUGGGCACGACGGCGCAGCGCUGGCCGUAAACUGGAGCGCCGGAGGGUUGGUCGUCGGGGACGAGGCGUUACCUGUCUCGUCGAUGCCACCAGGCACAGUCACUUGGGAAGGCAUGCCCAACGUGCUGUGGGCUGUCAACAGAGAGAAGAAGCGUGCGGCCUUUUUUGCUACUCAGUUGGUGCCGGUGGGCGACGCCAAAGCCAAUACACUUGCGUUGUCAUUUAUGCAUGACGUGUGGAGCACGUUUGGCUGA